UUUCAUGGGUGUUUCAUCAGAAAAUCCGUACUCCGUUCACCCCACCGUGGGUUUUGGCUGGUGCGCCAUUUAAAAGAAAACCAACGGCAUGGUUUACGGUUUCUUGCAUUUUCAUUCAAUCAUCGCUAGCGAAAGCAAGGAAGAAGAAAGUUAUCGGAAUCUAGCCAAGGGCAAACAACGGAAGUGAUUCAUAAUUUCCGCGGAUACGAAUUUACGUCGAGUGUGUGACGCGGAAAGGAAAUAAAAGAGUUUAUUUUUACGCACAAAGGGCGUAAAGAAUCCCGUUUCGUCACACGAUGUUUUCGUGAACGGGAAUAUACUUCAUUCAUCGCACCAUCGUUAGUUUUAUACAUCAUCACAUCGUGCAGUUUUCCUGUAGGAGGCUGUCGAUUGUGCCAGCGUGGCACACUUUGUUCAUUUGACGGAACCGGAAAGUUCUAGAACAACAUGGAUACACCCAUCUACAUCGCCCUUCCGGCGGAGUACUUCUCGAUGGCGGGACAACCGGCCAUAGUCGGGCUGAAGCAGAAGGAAGCCGAGGUCGGUAAGGCCAAGUCGGUAAUAUCGACCGCAUCAACGGCAAAGAAGGUUGCAAUUCUACCAGAGAAGAAGCGGAUAGUGGCUGCUUCGUUGGAAAAAAGGUCAGUGCCUCUGUCGGAAAAUAAACCUCUGGCACCGGCCGAACCUCAUUCGGACGACGAUGACUGUUCAUCGAUGGACGAGUUGGUGAGCCGCGGCAAGAAGCGCCGCCUCGACCAUCUCACGUGGGAGGAGAAGCUACAGCGCAAAAAGUUGAAAAACCGUGUCGCCGCACAAACAUCGCGCGACCGAAAGAAGGCCAAGAUGGAGGAGAUGGAAAAGACGAUCCAGGAGCAGGCGGAACAGAUCACCGUACUGCAGGACCGUUGCAGCGCACUGGACAAGGAGAAGGGCGACAUUUACGGCAAGUACCUCGACCUCGAGCGACGCUUCGAGGAACUGCAGCGACGGCUGGAGGCCACCGAGGAGCGGGCAAACAAAGGCGAGUCAGCGCACGGAGCCGCCGAUAACGGUGGUAGUGUGGGUUGCGUUACUGCCGGGCGUCUAACGGGAUCAGCAGCAUCCCCACGAUGCCCUCUGCAGCGGACUGAACAAAGACGGUCCGGCGGAAGCGCAAACGACACUCCCCCCGUCGUCAACGGGCGACGAGCGGCUGACGGCCCUCUGGAAGAUCAUUGCCAUCUGCCUACUCUACAGGACAUGCUCGAAGAUUUCGACGUGUCCAAGCUCGAAGAGCUUGCCGAAAGCCUACUCGCAGGUGUCGGCGCAGACCUGGAAGGCAUUGAUCGCCCAGGCAUCCCGGCUCAUGCCGAAGGCGGCCGCACCGGCGAGCGCCUGCCUGGAUCAGUGGUGGGGCCCGCAGCAGCAAUCGUGGAACCCGGUCGACCGGCGACCGCACUACAGCCCGCUGAUUCGGGAAGCCGCCUGAUUCUCACCACGCACAACUAUUCCAAGUCGCCAUUCUACGAGCUGUCGGAGGAGGAGGAGCAGCAGGAGGAGGAAGAGAAACCGAAGGCGCAACUAGCGCUCGUCCCAGAAGAUGAAAGCAAAAUGGUGCUCGAGAGCAACGGCAGCGAUACACUCUACGGCACGUACGACAACGAAACGAACUGCAUCACGAUCGUUCUGGCAAACGAGGACGUCGAAGUACGAGAAGCGGAGCAGGUCAAGUGUGAACCUGCGUCACCCGAGUUGAAGGAAGAAGAAAUCAGCAUCGAGAUCGAGAUGGAGGAAGAGAUGGGCAGUGAACCGCUCAGCGAAGCCCCAUUGUCCCCGCUAGAACCCAUCUUCAUCCGACCACCGUCGCCCCUGCAGGACCUUCUGUCGCCGAUCGCACCGAUGCAUCACCACAGCCCGCUCAAGAGCCCCGGUGGCUUCUCGAGCGUGUCGUCCGAUUGCGGUUACGAAUCGCUCGCUUCACCCGUUUCCAGCACCUUCGGGUCGGCGUCAUUGUUCGCCCCGGUGCUGGAUGGUGGCAAAGCACCGUCGACGACGACGGAAUGUCCUGCAGAUGAGGUGGCGGACUUUAGCGACAGCACGGCCAUGUCGCUGGAUUACGCCCUGAACGAUUUCGACGAGUUCUGGAAUCUAGAUCUCUUUCCCAUCUUGGAGUGAACAUGACGCCUCGUGGUUUACUCACCGAGGAAGCGUUCUGUACAAAAUAGUUGUUUAGCAGUUAUCGUUAUGUUGUUGUACGUAGGUUUUAUAAGCUGAUUAACGUAAUUUAACACACCCAAACAAACAAUGAAUGUGUAAAAUCUGUACCACUUUAAAACUAAGUCGUAGAGUGUAACGCUAUUCUUAAGUUGAGAGUUGUUCUCUUUAGUGACCAUCGUCUUAAGGUUUUCUUACUUUUUUUACUGCUUUAAAAUCAUCUAACAGUUUCACCGAUUCCCCUCACAAGUGAUCAUUUUCAUGCUAAUUUUCAAAUCCGUAAUAAGUGCACUUAAAAGGUACUCUUACAUAGGGCAUUUGUUACUGAUUUGAGAAGUUAUGAAAUAAGGGAAAUAGGCGUAGAAUUUUCACGACUUUAUCCUUGGAAAAAAGAAAUAAAAAAAUUCUCACAAUGCAAA